AUGGCGGAUCCAGCUCAAGACUCUUCAUGGAGCUCUGGGCCCAGUCCACGCUUAAAAUUUGAAGCUCCACUCACAAUCGAGAGUCGGGUCACGCUGAAUUCUGGUCACCGCAUGCCAAUUCUGGGGUUUGGAACUUGUAAAUUAGACGAAGCCGAGGAAGUAUGCAGCCAAGCCAUCAAGAUUGGUUAUCGCCACCUAGACUCAGCACGUGUCUAUGGAACUGAAGCUGACGUUUCCAAUGCGGUUCAGAAAAGCGGAGAGGAUCGCGGCAUCAUGUUUCUGACAACCAAAAUCAGGCAAAACGAACAUGGCUACGAAAAUUGCAAGAAAGCCUUGCUAAAUUCGGUUACUGCUCCCAAACCAGGUUAUUGGGAUUUAGCUCUCCUGCACGACCCGCUCAGUGGACCGGUGGCACGUCACGAAGCGUAUCGCGCCUUAGCCGAAGCCCAGGUAAUUGGGAAAGUCAAAUCCAUUGGUGUUUCGAAUUUUAGUGUUGAUCACCUGAAAGGUUUGGAAGCGGCUGAUGUGGGACCAACACCCGUGGUCAAUCAACUUGAGCUUCAUCCUUGGUGCCAACAAACAUCCAUCGUCGAAUACUGCCGGUCCAAAGGGAUCGUGCUCCAAGCAUAUUGUCCACUUGCCAAAGGUAAAUACAUGUCAGAUGAGACAUUGGUAAAAAUUGCACAGAAAGUACGUAAGACCCCAGCCCAAGUCCUGUUACGAUGGUCACUUCAGAAGGGCUUCGUGCCGCUACCAAGAUCAAGCAGUGCGCAACAUAUCAAGGAAAAUGCCGAUGUAUUUGAUUUUGAGUUGGAGGAUCACGACAUGAAAGAGUUAGAUAGCCUGAACCAAGAUGAUAAAGGUUCAGUUACAUGGACUCCUUGUUUUAAAGGAGUAAAGUAA